AUGGACGACCAAAGCGAUCUGAUGAGGCAACUCCUCCACCAAAUCAGCUUGGCUCAAAACCUUGGCCUUGGACAACUAGGCGAAGAGAGAAGGAUGGACGAACGCACCGGCAGGCAACUCAACGGGUACCCAGCAGGUCAAGCAGGAGUAGGCAGACAAGGCGAGGGACAACAACUUGAUCGGCCUACCGACAUGUCACAAGCAUCCGCGAGCCCCACUCGGAGCAGAUUAAGUUCGAGGAACAACAUGCGCGAGAGGCUAGGCCCACGACUUGACGUCCACGCCCGCUUGGGACCGCAGGGAAAUGUACUUCAAAGGCUAGGCCCCCAGGAGGACAAUCAGACAACCAUCGCAACGAGGAUCGUGAAGAAAGACGCUCGGCUGUCCACUCGCAGACGAACAUUCACGAGAGGCUACGUCCCCAGGGUGGUCAACCGGAUAAUCCUCACAAUGAGGACCGCGAAGAAAGACGCUCCGCUGCUCACUCACGAAGAGACGGCUCUCGUCGACAACUACGGAGAAUCUCUCGCAAGCGCAGUCCACCAACACUCCGCCUAG